AUGUACCCGCCGGACGAGGAAAAAACUGCAUUCAUCACUGAUUCGGCAAAUUUCUGCUACAAAGUAAUGCCCUUCGGUUUAAAAAACGUCGGUGCCACCUAUCAGAGACUCAUGGACAAGAUCUUCCGCCACCAGAUAGGGACGUGUUUAGAGGUAUACGUGGAUGACAUGGUGAUCAAGUCUACCUCGGCCGACGAUCACUUAAGAGAUCUAAACACGAUCUUCGACGAAGUAAGGCGGCACCAAAUGCGAUUAAACCCGAUGAAGUGCACCUUCGGGGUAGCUGGUGGAAAGUUCCUGGGAUUCAUGUUGUCAAAGAGGGGAAUAGAAGCCAACCCUGACAAAUGUCAGGCGAUUAUCAACAUGCAAAGUCCUCGCAACAUCAAAGAAGUGCAGCGGCUUGCCGGACGCAUCGCCUCCUUAGCUCGUUUUCUUCCCUGCAUGGCCGAGAAGUCAAGGCCUAUAAUGUCCCUACUGAAAAAGGCUACAAAAUUUCAAUGGAGCGAGGAAUGCGAGACAGCUUUUCAGAACUUCAAAACAAUGCUCAUAACUCCACCACUAUUAAGCAAACCAGACCCUCGCUUAGACAUGAUAAUAUACAUAUCAGUGUCGGACAAAGCCAUUAGCACUGUUUUGGUACAAAAGACGACGGAACAAGUGCCGGUGUAUUUCGUCAGCCGAGUGUUGCAAGACGCCGAAACAAGAUACCAACAUCUAGAGAAGACAAUCUUAGCUCUUGUACACACCGCCAGGCGCCUCCGACACUAUUUUCAGAGCCAUUGGGUGCUCGUCCGAACGGAUAGUCCGAUAACUAAAGUCUUGCGAAAGCUGGAGUUGGCAGGACGAAUGGUUGCUUGGUCCAUUGAAUUGUCCCAGUUCGAUAUUCGCUUCGAGCCUAGAGGUCCCAUAAAGGCACAAAGCCUGGCUGACUUCUUGAAUGAGUUCACACCCGAAGUGAUCCCUGAUUCUCACCUCUGGACUUUACAUGUAGACGGAUCAUCAAACCAACAAGGCAGUGGCGCCGACAUCAUUCUAGAAGGUCCUGGUAAGGUGGUGAUUGAACAGUCACUACGAUUCGGCUUCAAGACGUCCAACAAUCAAGCCGAAUAUGAGGCCCUUCUGGCGGGCCUAAGGUUGGCACUGGACCUAGGCAUCACCAGAAUACAAUGUUGGAGCGACUCGCAGGUAAUAACAAGACAGGUCAACGACACCUUUCAAAUCAAAGAGCCAGCAUUGUUGUUAUACUUCCACGCGUUCAAUAAGCUGAAAGGAGAUUUUGAAGAUGUCCAAGUCAAGCACACGCCCCGAGAACUCAAUAGGAGAGCCGACCAGUUGGCUAAGCUAGCCAGUAGCAAGAAGGUUAGCCACUUGCGCACCAUGAUACAACAAGAAUUACCAAAGCCAAGUAUCACACAGGUCGAAUGUUUGCAAGUUCAACAAGAAACACCGAAUUGGAUGACCGGGAUAAUAGAAUACCUAGUAACCGGAUCAUUGCCCGCUGAUCCCUUGGAGGCGAAAAAGAUGAAAAUCGUGGCGGCUCGGUAUACCCUAAUCGCCGGAGAAUUGUUCAAAAGAGGGUUCUCGUCACCAUUGUUGAAAUGUUUGGCGCCAGAACAAGAACAAUAUGUAAUCCGGGAAAUCCAUGAAGGAAUAUGUGGAACCCACUCAGGAGGCCGGACUCUCGCAGCCAAAAUUGUCCGAGCAGGAUAUUAUUGGCCAACUCUGAUUACGGAUUGCUCCAAGUUUGUUCAACAAUGUAGGCCCUGUCAGCAACAUGGACCUUUGACACAUCAACCACCCAAAGCGUUACACUCCAUCGCCACCCCCUGGCCAUUUUCUAUUUGGGGCAUGGACAUUUUGGGACCUUUCCCACCAGCAAAGGGUCAAGUCAAGUUUCUUCUCGUAGCCAUUGACCACUUUACCAAAUGGAUUGAAGCAGAGGCAGUGGCUACCAUCACGGCUAAUAACGUACAGAAAUUCUUCUGGAAGAGUGUCAUUACCCGUUUCGGGAUACCAUAUGCUCUGAUUACGGAUAAUGGCUUACAAUUCACUGACCGCCAUUUCAAUGAGUUCUUGACCGGGCUAGGGAUCAAGCACAAGAUGACCUCGGUAGAGCACCCCCAGUCUAAUGGGCAAGCCGAAGCAGCAAAUAAAGUUAUUCUUAAAGAGCUGAAACGACGUCUCGGACAAGCUAAGGGGGGAUGGCCCGAGCAUCUGCCUGAAAUCUUAUGGGCUUACCGCUGUACCCCACAAAGCUCGACUAAGGAGACCCCUUUUCGGCUAACUUACGGUACAGAUGCCAUGAUUCCGGUAGAGGUUGGAGAACCUUCACUAAGGCGAACCAUAUUCAACGAGCAAACCAAUGAGGAAGCCCUAAACGUUGAACUCGAUCUGGUGGACGAAGCACGUGAUCAAGCCCUCAUUAAGAAGGAAGCCUGUCAGGCCAGAUUAACAAGGAAGCACCAAACCAAGGUCAAGCCACGCGAAUUUCAACCCAGCGACUUAGUCUGGCGAGUCACGGGAGAAGCGAGAAGGGACAAGGCUCAGGGAAAAUUGGCACCUAAUUGGGACGGCCCCUAUCGCAUAAUGCACAACUUACAGAAUGGGGCGUACAAGCUGGAAGAGCUCACAGGAAAAGCCAUUCCUCGGACAUGGAAUGCAACACACUUGAAGCAUUAUUUUAGUUAA